AUGACUUCUAUUAUAAAAUUACAUAUCCUUUCUGGCGCUGGAGAUGAAUCUCCGCCGUGCUAUGUGUUGCAAGUGGAUGAAUUUAAGUUCCUUUUAGAUUGUGGAUGGGACGAAAAGUUCGAUAUGGACUUUAUAAAGGAAUUGAAAAGACAUGUAAAUACUAUAGAUGCAGUACUUCUAUCACAUUCAGAUCCAUUACACCUCGGUGCAUUACCCUAUGCUGUUGGACAGCUUGGACUUAAUUGCCCGAUAUAUGCGACUUUACCAGUCUACAAAAUGGGGCAAAUGUUCAUGUAUGAUCUAUAUCAGUCUUAUAAGAAUGUGUCGGAAUUUGAUUUAUUUACAUUGGAUGAUGUAGAUGCGGCAUUUGAUAGAAUUACUCAGUUAAAAUAUAAUCAAAGUAUUGACAUGAAAGGUAAAGGAUUAGGACUUCGGAUAACACCUUUACCUGCUGGUCAUUUACUUGGAGGCACAGUAUGGCGUAUCGCUGCCCCUGGUGAAGAAGACAUUGUAUAUGCACCAGACUUCAAUCAUAAAAAAGAAAGACAUCUUAACGGGUGUGAAAUAGAUAGAAUUAUGCGUCCAUCAUUAUUACUACUCGGGGCUAUGAAUGCUGAUUAUGUACAACAAAGGAGACGACUGAGAGAUGAAAAGCUAAUGACAACUAUACUGGGUACUCUUCGCGGUGGUGGGUCAGUACUGGUGUGCACAGACACAGCGGGCCGAGUGUUAGAGCUAGCCCACAUGUUAGAUCAGCUGUGGAGGAAUAAGGACUCCGGACUGGUUGCAUACUCCUUAUUAUUGUUGUCCAAUGUCAGCUAUAAUGUCGUUGAAUUUGCCAAGUCACAGAUAGAAUGGAUGAGUGACAAAUUAACCCGUGCGUUCGAAGGCGCCCGAAGUAACCCAUUCGCGCUACGACACUUACAGCUAUGUCAUUCGGUGAUCGAGGUCACAAGGACCCCCGGACCUAAAGUGGUGCUAGCCUCCUUCCCAGACUUAGAAACGGGUUUUGCGAGAGACCUAUUUCUUCUAUGGGCUUCUAACUCACAGAAUUCCAUAGUUUUAACUGCGAGGACAUCCCCCGGUACUUUAGCAAGAGACCUAAUAGAGAAGGGUGGGGACCGAACGAUAGAGCUAACUGUACGGAAACGUGUACGACUCGAAGGCGCUGAGUUAGAAGAGUUCAUGCAACAGCAACGGAUAAAAGUCAACAACUCUAUCAAAGAAGAGGCAGGUGGACUAUCAUCAGACUCGGAGUCGGACGGUGAGCUGGAGAUGUGGGUGGUGACGGGCCGCCACGACAUCCCGGUGCGCAGCGACGCGCGCCCCGCCGGCUGCUUCAAGACCAACAAGCGCCACCACGCCAUGUACCCCUGCCACGAGGAGCGCGCGCGCGCAGACGACUACGGGGAGGUCAUACGGCCAGAAGACUACCGGCUGGCGGAGAUAGUGGACGCGGAGGGCGAGAUACGGGACGUGCCGCCCGCGCCGCCGCAGAAGCCCGAGCCUGAAGAAGAGAUAACAGAGAUCCCAAGCAAAUGUAUAACAUCAGUACGCCAAGUGCAGAUACGUGCUAACAUACAGUACAUAGAGUUGGAGGGGCGCUGCGACGGCGAAUCCUUGCUGCGAGUGGUGGCGCACGCCAAGCCCAGGGCCAUCGUAGGCCUUCGGGCCGGCACCGGAGCCCUGAAUACUUUGAGCAAACAUUGUGAAAGCGAAGGCAUAGAAAAAAUAUUCAUGCCGAAACGAGGCGACACGGUGGACGCCACCACGGAGUCGCAUAUAUACCAGGUGAAGCUGACGGACGGGCUGGUGUCGGGGCUGGCGUGGCGCGCGGCCGGCGACGCCGAGCUGGCGUGGCUCAGCGCGCUGGUCACGGCGCCGCGCGCGCGCGAGCCCGCGCAGGAACAUGAGGAGACGGCGGACGAGGAGAUGAUGUCGCUGGAGGCGCCGGCGGGGGCGGAGACGGGCGCGGGGGCGGCGCCGCACGCCGCGUCGUUCGUGAACGCGGUGCGGCUGUCGGAGCUGCGCGCGGCGCUGGCGCGCGCCGGCCUCGCCGCCGAGUUCGUGGGCGGCGCGCUCGAGUGCGCCGACGGCACCGUCGCCGUGCGCCGGUUGGACAAUGGACGCGUCGCUUUAGAGGGAGUGUAUUCCGAAGAGUAUUUCAAAGUGAGAGAGCUGCUGUACGAUCAAUUCGCUAUUGUA